AUGAAUAAAAUGUACAAACAACUCUUAACUCUCACUUUACUCUUCGUCGCAACUUUUGCUGAUGUUUCACAUCUGUCUAACCAUUACUUGCCACCAGCACCACUCGAUACAGCAGAAAGUCAACCCAAUUUUUCGACAGUCAUUGAACAGCAUGAAUUGAAGGAAUUGCCAGAACAAGUCGAGUAUGUGCAAGAGAAUGACGCACAGCAAGUGCCACCAAUUGAUAUGCAACCACCACCAUUCGUAGCUACACCUGCCGCACACUAUUUGCCACCACCACUAGCCAUAGCACCAUUAGAAAAAGUAAAAACAGCCGAAGAAGUGCAAGUACCAGAAAUGUCUGAAAUAGUGGAAGAAGAACAAGUUACCUCAACAACAACAACUGAGCAACCAAUUGCUGAAUCAACCACGGCAGCUACCACACAGGAAGUCUACACAACAACUGAAGCCAUAAUGACAACUGCAAAUGUUGCUAGUGAAAGCACCACACCUACUGUAGAAUAUUUGCCACCACAACCCAAUUAUCAACAAUACCAAGAGCAAUUAGAACUUAGCGGUAAAAUGCCUGAAGAAAUAUUAUUAUCUCAAGAACCACAGGAAAUUGUUGAAAUUGUGGCUGAAGAAGCACCACUCGAAACGCCUGUUCCUAAAGUAGCAGAACCUGAGCCAGCACACUACUUGGCUGCAGAUGGUUACCAUUAUAAGACUGGUGGCACUGAUAAACGUUUCCGUUUGAGACAUUAG